GGCAACAAUGCAGUGCUUAGUGCUGUCGUACUGUACCGAGGUGAAUCAGCCAUUGAAAACAAAUUAUCCUUACAUAGCUACAUAAAGAGAAAGGAUACAUAUUUGGAUGACACUACAGCGAUUAUGAUCAUUGUCGGCUAGCUGAUGGAAACGGACAUCUUUAGAAAUGUGCGCGAAUGUCUUUGGCGCUUUGAAAAGCUUGUUUGGAAAGCCCUUUGAUGGUGGAAAGAGGAUGGACCAUGGCAGCCAGCAGCAGCAGCAGCAGCAGCACCCAGCCAUGAUACGGCUCUAUGAGGUCCAGCGGGAGGUCCAAUCUCUGGGCCCUCAGGUGUGCACCUUCAGCGGGUUGAAGAACGAGCGGGAGUAUCGGCGGCUGGAGCGUGAGCUGACCCAGCUGCUCCUGGAGGUGGACCAGGUGGACACAGAGGGCAGGGCAGACCUACAGGGGGCACGCAAGAGAUCAGCCCAGGAGGUGGAGGGGCUGCUGCGCUACCUGGAGGAGAACGCCACCCACCCGUCCCGCCUGGCCAUCGAGGAGCUGAGCCGGGAGGCCCAGAGGCUGGUGGAGCAGGGGGUGGUGGAACCGCAGCGGGCCGGGGGCACAUCAGAGAUCAGUGAUGAGCUGGUGGACGCCGUGCAGGAGCUGAUACUAAGGCUCACCCAGGUAAAGACAGGAGGAAGUGUGCCCCUCCGCAAGGCUCGCUACCGGGCCCUGACACGACUGUGUGCCGUGCAGGACGUGAUCGAAGGGCGCACGCGCCAGCAGACUCUCCCCCUGUCAGAAGACACGCAUGUGGCCGUGCAGAAGAUCAACCAGGUGAUGGUGCAGGUGAGUGGGGCGCGCAGCCAGCUGGUGGCCCUGCUGAUGGGGCUGAGUGGGAGGGAUAGCUGUGCCCACCUGUCCCGCGUGCUCACUGAGCUCCUGGUGGAGCUGGACGCCCUGGACGUGUCGGGGAACGCAGCGGUCAGGAACUACCGCAAACAGGUGGUGGAGGAGAUCAACGGCCUGCUCAAACACCUGGACCUGGAGGGAGAGGGAGACGACACGCGCAGGUAUGACUUGGCGCAGAAUGACUCAAUCCGUCAGAUUGAGGCGGUGCGGGGUCGGGUGGGCCAGCUGCGGGGGGAGGUCCUGCGACACUGUGGGGUGGGCGACCUCUUUAGGCCCAAGCCUGAGCUCCAGAGUCUCCUCACACACCUGGACCAGGUGGACACAGCCCGUAACCCCUGUAUCCGUGAGGCCCGCCGGCGCGCUGUGCUGGAGGUCCAGGCUGUAAUCACCUUCCUGGACCUCCGUGAGGCCCUGAUCUGCCGCCAGCCCGGCCCUAACGAGCCCCCACAACACAGGGCUGUGUGGAUGGUCCUGGGCAGCCUGUCAGACCUCCAGGCCCAGGUACUCUGCUUCAACGGCAAGCGGGCCGACAAGAGCUACAUAUUGCUUGAGGAGCUUCUGACCAAACAGCUGCUGGCUCUGGACGCAGUUGACCCACAGGGUGAUGAGAUGACCAAGGUGGCCCGCAAGCAGGCAGUCAAGUUUGCCCAAAACAUCCUCAGCUAUCUGGACAUGAAGACAGAUGAGUGGGAAUACUGAUCCACUGGAUAAGACUAGACAUAGCUGAAUGCUUAGGCCGACCUAUUAAAUUGUAUAUACACUGGUGUAUCAUCACUCUAAGAGUUGGGGUCUGUACAUUUUUACUAAAUCCCAGAAUGCACUGCAGCAGCGCUUUUUGUCUCUUUGUUGUCAUUGUCGCUGGCCUGUGGGUAAAAAACCCAACCCAAGAACAUUUUUGUGAAAUACAAUUUUGAGAAAAGUGUUAUGACAUAUGAUGUGCUUUUGAAAGUUUACUGAGCAUAUUUUUGAAAUCUACUUUAUGUGUGUGAGUUUUGAUCAGUGUUGUUUGGUGUGUGUGGUUGUAAAGCCUGCGGCCAAAAGCACUGAAGCCUGUUAUAGUGGUGGUCAGAGUAGUUAAGAUCCAGUCACGUCGUCUGUUUUUCAAAAGCAGGAAUGGGACUAGAGUAAUUACAUCUUGAUGGUAUCCAUGUUUAGCUUGACUACUUUGGAGGUCAGUUGUAAAUUAACUCAGCCAAACGAUGUCUCCGAUGUCUCAAAAUAUUGAUUUACCGAGAUGAACAGAGAGUGUACAUCAGCACUGUGAGAUAAGAUCUUCCUCUGUUCAUGUUGCGUGUCCACUGCUCUGUCUCUUCCUGGUAAUGCUUUAAUCAACACUUCUGAGGCAAACUCCCCUAACCAUGGCUGUACACACCUGUCUCUGGCAACCGUUCAGAUGACAAAUGAAAAGGAGAGCUUCUUUACGGCUUUACCCACUGUCCUACCAUAAUGAGGAGGAGGAUGGGCAUGGAACUCAGUAAAGUUAAACGGCCUGUGAGAACCUUUGUCAACUUGGAGGGUUAGUUAAAGGCCUCCGUGUAAAGAAUGAACAUUUGUGGACACAAUAAAUUACCCUGUUUGUUUGUCUGUAAUUUGUAGCUAAAUGUUGAUUGUGACUUGUGUGUUUGCGAGGCUAUAUCCUGUCUGCAUUGAAUUUAGUGAAGGGGAAAAAUAGUGUGGAGGUGGUUUAGGUUUUGUUUUUGUUGUGACUUUUCUAUUGUCAGAGGAGUGUGUCUGAGAGCCUUGGGGAGGGUCACUGAUUUUAUGUGAUAAUUAUUAUUAUAGCUGUUGACAGUGAUCACAGUGGACAGGGCAGUCUAAAUCCUCUGCAGAACUGCAGCAGAGGUAGGAAGCUAUUAGUUAAAAAAAAGCUCUGUGCCUUUCCUUUCCUCUGAUGUUUUUAUCCCAAACAAAGCAACCCCAACCAUUCUCCACACAGAAACUAGGGAGGGACUGGCUGCUACCCUUUACAAAUAAAUAAUUUUGAAUGCACAAAGACAAGAAAAAGCACUAAACGGGUGACUGAGGAGCACCUAGGCUAUUGUCGGCGUGAGAAAUUUGCACUUUUUACUCAUUCUCAGCAUUGUACCUCAGCUGUUCGUAAAUGGACCCCUGCAUGCCUGGUAGAUAGCCCUAUGUACUAACAGAGCAUGAACAGUCCUCAGUUAGCUCCCACAGAACUCCCAGACUUUCAACAUGACAGGGGUUAUUCAACCCUUCCCCUGCUGCUGUAGACAAACAUAUGGCACAAAAACAGUGAAAUCCAGCUACACGGUCAUGGGUUGUCUGACUCAUAAGUGAGAUAAUGAUUUGAUUAGACAGUGUUCAGUGUGGCCCUCAUGUAAUGGGUGUUGUUCACACAGCAAACCUAAUGCUGUCUCAAACCAACCAACCCUGCCAGAUCAGAGGCUAACACUAGCUACUGUUAUAAUUAUACUCCUCUUGAUCUGCUCACGUACCAGUAGAUGUGAUUAUCAACGCACAGUUGCACACAACCUUGCAAAAAUAGAACAGACCUCUUAUAUGAAAGCAAUGCAAGGUGUUCUAUCUGAACUAUGUAUGCAUCAGUUGCAUCCAGUUUUUGAAAGUGCAUUGAACAUUUUAGGGGUAGAAUGUAUAAUUUUGUCAAUGAAGAAUGUUAUAAGUUAGAUUUUUCCAAGUACCAAAGCUGAUUUAUUUUAAGGACACUUUUUAGGUUCCUUACUCUGUGGUGGACAUUUUGGUUUGCCUACUUUCAAAUGGCAGGAAUGUGUCUGUGGGGUACAAUAUUAAAUGUUUUAAUUUGACGAUCUGUUUCUCCAGUCGCCUUUGACUAAGUGGAUUGUGACAGGCUUUGCUGUGUUUCUCAUACAAGAUGCGCGUGUACAAAAGCACACUGAGGUUUAAAUGAUGUGUGAAUGCUUCAAUAAUAGGUUUGUUUGACUUUUUAUUCCCACUCCAAAAUAAAAAAAGGUGUGUCCCAGA